CGCACCCUCGCUCUGCGGGAGGCGGGGGCGGAUGUUCCGGGCGCGGGAGGGCGGGAGGCUUCGAGGCGCUGCCCCUCUUCAAGAUGGCGGCGGCUCCCUCGGCCCGUUCCCCCUGUUCCUUCCUGCGCAGGCUCCGCAGACCCCCCUCCAAGAUGGCGGUUGUGUCAUAACUACAAUAUAAACGAGCAGUGAUGGAAUCACUGGAUACCGAGGUGAGAGCACGGAAGACUCUGGGGACUGUUGAAUAUGUAGAGUCUUCAGGUUUCACCCAGGGAAUACUGCCAACCAAGAAGGAUGUGGUUCAGAACAUGCUGUAUUUAUUGCAGCCCAAAAGAGCUGGCCAGGCCCAGCGAUCCAAAGAGGAUGCAGCCCAGUUGCUUGCAGAGCACCUGCAGGAGCACUGGUUGGUUUGCAACUUGCACACCAUCGCGACGCAAAACAUAAAGAAACUUAUCCUCAAAAUGUACGAGGAGUUUACCCGAUUGUAUCAGACCAGGAAGCAGAGACAGAACCAGGCUUUUACUGAGAAAGCAGACAGAUUCAAUGAGAGUUCGGAGAAGCUCUUUGACGUGUUUUGCACAGACACGCAGACAAGAAAUAAACUGGAGGAGUGCAGUGGGAUAAAAAUGACUAGCAUCGAGUGGAAAUUCCUUGAAGAUCAAAGAAGCGAGAGAAAAAUGUACUAUGAAGAUUUCACAGACAAGCAAGAAUUGAAGAUGAUGGACAGAAGACGAAAGAUACAGUGUCUGGAGCACUUCAGAAAACUUGCCAGGGAGGAGAAGGAAGGGAACAAAGUGAAGGAAACAAAAUACAAAAGUGAGCAAUCAGAUGAAGGCACAAGUGUCGAUGAAUCCUACCUGGCUGAAGAGAAUGGCGGGGCCCCAGCUUUUUCAUUGCGGGGCAGAAGGAAGCGCCUGUGCACCACGACUCCUGAAAGCACUGCCAUGCCACUGGAGUGCCAGCAUAUAAGAAUGAGCAUCAGGAGGGUUAGGCCUGGUUUCUACGAGACUGUGGAGAAGGUCAAAAACUGCUAGUGCAUGCCGGAGUCGGCAGGCAGAGCUGCUGGAGUAUGAAGUGGCAGUGCACACGUUAGGCAAGUUUGAAAUCCCACCAUCAAUUGGAAGUGAUUGUUGUAGAUCCCCAAGCCAGAGCUCAGGAACAUCCUGCUUCCAGGAAAAAGCGCUGGGAUAACAGCAACAAGGACUAAACCACGUGAAUUUGGAAGGAUAAAUAGCCAGCAGCUUAUGAUGCAAGGGCUCAAACGUAGCAGAUGAUCUAAGGUUACGUAGCAUAUAAGCCUCUUCUUCCAAGGUCCUGUCUACACCAGUGGGUUUUUGAAAGUCUCUCGCCAUUUCUGGGCCAGUGGUGACCUAACAGUAUGAAACAGGACUCGGAUUUACUGCAGGGAAAUAACUUGGACUUGUUGCUGACAGGAAGUGCUGUGCUGAAAAGCCCUAACGCGUUCUGGUUUCAGUGGAAGUGAAAGGUGCUUGGCCCCUUUCAGCAGAAUUUGGUGUUGCUGCGAGGAAAGAAGGUGAUUUUUAAGCUUGUAUCACCCAGUCCCAGAGAGGAACCCUGCAGUUUUGCAAAGGGAUUGCUCUCUUGCUUGAGGAGGGGAGAAGAGAGAUCAGGAGACACUUGAGUGCUUUGGCUGUAAAAGCAUUGGUGAUUCUGAAUGUUUUAUUCUAGAUUCUAUUUUACUGACGUUUCCUUGAUCAGGAUAAACCUUCCCAUAAUUGGAUGAGUUAUAACAUGAAGUCCCUAAUCUAGGAUCUAAGGUGUGAAUCCUAAAUGAAGUGGUAAUGCUUUAUCUUGGGGGGGGGGGAGUGGGGGGCUAAAUAUAGGGAGAUGGAUGCAAAUUGCUUUAUUUAGUUUGAAGAUGAAUAGAAUUUUAUAAAUUGUUAUCCUGCCUCAUAGGGUAUAGGAAAGAAAAAGCCUUUCCCAGGUGUGGAUAGCUGUGGUAUUUACAGCAAAAGGCACCUGAGCCUGGGCUUGCUUUUCCACCCCUGAGAUCUGUGCAGGCCAGCCGGGGGGAAAUGGUAGUUUUCCACCCAGAGUUGGUUUGAACAAAGUAUAACCCUCUUGUCCACCUACACUCUGAGCAGUGAUGUGUCUGUGACCUCGGAUGCCCCCAGUAUGAGGGUAUCUGCUGUUUUUAGUUAGAGUUGCUAACUGCUGGUUUUUAAAGAUAAGAGACUUGAACUUUCAGUGAAACGCAGUGCUGGAGAUCUCUCGUGAGAUUCCCAAGCCUCACCAGAGUACACUGAGAUCUAAAAACCCCAAGUCUCUAUUUGCCCACAGAAGUUCUCUGGUAAGAAGAGUGCAAACUUGCCUGGUUUUCAAAUUUACCUUUCAGUGUGAAUGUUGGUUUCCCCACUCCAGUAUCUCGGCUUUUCUCCAUUUCUUUUCCUCUCCGUCCCGCACAUCAUUUUACUGACAUUAACCCGUGCUGUUUCAUUCUUUGGCUUUUACUCCCUUUAACAAUAAAUGCAUGUACGAAUAAUUUUGACAGUUCCUUUACUUUUAAUGAAUCAGCUCUUGGACUGCUUUGAAGUCCUAUGCCAAAGGAGGAAUGAAACACAAAUCAGCUGCUGGUCCAGUUGGGACACAGCAGAGCGAGCAAGCACAAGAGGUGGCGGCAGCCCUGGCCUCGCUGCUCAGGCCAGCUCUGGUGUACCUCUGAUCCAUCCCUCCGCCCAAGGACGGAUCUGUCCGGCUCUGAGCCAUGCAUCAGCUUCCCAGUGACCUUGCUCAUUAGUCAUUGCCGGGAUCCUUAUACUGUAUCUCUGAGAAGUUCUUCACGGUAAGUUGCUCCAAAAUACAUAGUGAACUCAGUGUAUUCUGCAUCACCCGUAGUGUGUCGUUACAGGUUUAAUAGCACGCACCCACGUUCUGCAGCACCCUUCAGCCUCUGCUGUUUGAGCGUUUGCAGCCCUCCCUCUCCUCUCUCUGACGUGCUUCACUGACUUCCCCAUGCAGCUUAUGUCACGUUUGAACUAUUUGCCUUCCAGCCCUGAGGUGCUGGACUUGAGCCUCUCACUGGGCUUUUACACCAGCAGCUCUGUUUCAGCAGGGAAUAUAGCCAAGCUCGGACCUCGCCGAAGUAGAUGUUUUUUAAGAUAACUGCUGUAACCCCCCCUUUGUAUUACAAAUAUAGCUGACAGUAUACAUGCUUGUGUGUAAAGCAAAUCCACCAGGGUUGACUCGAAUAUGGAACACAGCUGUGUAGUGUUUUACGAUUUUUCAGGGAUUCAGGGAAUUUAAGGUUGUCGAAUCUGACUUCCUGUUUGCCACAGGGAAUUGCAUUUCAUCCAGAAGCCCCAAGCUCAGCCUGCUAGUUUCAGUUGAACUGACGUGUGUUACAGAAAGUUGAGCUGAAAACCUCAAAAGUCUGCAGUCUUCCUCAGUUAUUAGUGAUGUGUCACCUUUGCUGUUUUGAAGAAGUCCAACCAUCCUCUAGGCUGUGAUUCUUUCCAUGAGAUCCUGUACAGGCUGAGCAGUGUUCAUUGCAUUUAAAUUGUUUUUAUUUUAAACUGGGUUUGACUGUGGAUAGAGCCAAAGCCUGGCUCUGUUUCUGCUGCAACAGGGGAGGGAAAUUUCUAAAUGAUGUAUUCUGAUUACUUCUUCUUUGGGACCAUGGUGCCUUUUUAAUCAGGACAGUAAAUCUUGUCCCAGGAUUCUGUACUUUUGUACGUUGACAGUUGUUGACUUUCCUUUUUUGGUGUGUCCCAAAUAAAUUAAUAUAACAUA